UCCCGUCCCGUCCCGUCCCGUCCCGUCCCGUCCCGUCCCGUUCUGUUCCCCGGCGCGCCCCGGCCCGGCCUGGCCCGGCCGGAGGGAGGGCCGGCAUGGAGAAGCUGCGGCGGGUGCUGGCCGGGCAGGACGACGAGGAGCAGGGACUGACGGCGCAGGUCCUUGAUGCCUCAACACUCAGCUUUGGUACUCGAGUCAGAUGGUUUGCCAUAUGCUUUGUUGCUGGCAUUGUGUGCUCUUUUCUUGGAACAGCAUUGCUGUGGCUCCCAAAGGGGAUCAAACUUUUUGCAGUGUUCUACACCCUGGGAAAUAUUGCUGCGUUAGCCAGUACAUGUUUCCUGAUGGGGCCACUGAAGCAAUUGAAAGCAAUGUUUGAUCCAAAACGAUUAAUAGCUACAAUUGUGAUGUUGCUUUGCCUAGUAUUGACUCUUUGUGCUGUAUUCUGGUGGGACAAAAAAGGUUUGGCGAUGUUAUUCUGCAUAUUGCAGUUUUUGGCAAUGACCUGGUAUAGUCUGUCUUAUAUUCCUUUUGCAAGGGAUGCUGUGAUUAAAUGCUUCUCAUCCUGUCUAGGGUAAAUUAUAAUCAGGAACCACUGUCCACUUUAAAAGCCAACUGUAAAUUUUGCUCAGAAAACUAUACUUUUCCACUCCUGAAAUAACCAGUAACAAUUCAGUAUUUUUCUUGCCUUUUGCAUUUGGGACAUUAAAUAAUUUUUACUAGAAAGAGUUUUAAAAAUAAAUUUGGUGAAUUGUUUGUGUUUACUCUGGAACUUCCAGGCUUUUUUUUUUUAACAAAAAAGUACAUUGAAAUACUUAAUGCAGAGUAGUCUUAAAACUACUUUGCAUCCAGUAACAGUUUAUUCCUCAGUGGAGGCAAGCCACUAUGAUCUGGGUAGUAUGCAUAAAGAUUUCAUUUACAGUUCUGUCUGAAAUUUGCAAGGUGCCAUUCAUGUUUGUACAUUAUCCAUUGUAUGUUUUCCUAGAGUUUUAUAAACAUUGUAAAGAUUUGGUAAGUUAUAAUUAACUUCUCAUUGGAAAUGUUCUAUACAUGUGCCUUGUGGAAAAAGCGUAAUAUGUGAAAGAUCUGUUUAAUGCUUGUUGGAUUUUAUUGAAAAACUGUAUUUUAAAUGAUUUUUUAAACUUUCGUACUUAAAUACUUUUUACUAAAAGAACUUAUGGCAAAUGCAUAAAUGAGACUUGUGAAAUAAAUUCAUUUUAAAGGUGC